UACCGAACCCUAAGCCGUGGAACGAACGACCCAGAAGCCACCCACCACCCACCCCAUCCCUGAGUUUGAUCGGAGCCGGAGGAGAGCAUCCACACCGAGGAAGAAGGAGAAGCGGCGAGGCGAGGCGAAAGAUGGGGAAGAUGCCGGUGCGGAUGAAGGCGGUGGUGUACGCGCUGUCGCCGUUCCAGCAGCAGGUGAUGCCGGGCCUGUGGAAGGACAUCACCACCAAGAUCCACCACAAGGUCUCCGAGAACUGGAUCUCCGCCACGCUCCUCAUCACCCCCGUCGUCGGCACCUACCAGUAUGCGAUGUGGUACAAGGAGCAGGAGAAGCUGUCCCACAGAUACUAAAGGUGGAGCUUUCUCCAAUAUCGCAGCAGUUGGAAUUUCCAUGUUCUAUAAUCCACCAAGAGUGAUUUAACAUUUUCGGAAUCACUUCUAGUUGUACUCUUUUGCUCUUUCCGUUGCAUAUGCAAUGAUGCAGUAAGUGUGACUUGCAAACCUAUUUUGAGGCCUCAAAUGUUGAGUUGUCCAUCACUGGAGUGAUUUUGUGCAAUAAAGCAAAUUAACCAGUCA